GGUCAUACUGUCACAACUUGAACUUCGGUAAUCUCGCGUUACCCGAAAUUCUUUUCUUGCUUCUCUUUCAAACAAACAUCAAAGAUGCUUGCAACAAAUACAAAAAUCAUCAAGAGCGGCGGUGCUGAACCCGAUGAGUUUGAGAAGAGUGUUUCUCAAGCUCUUGUGGAAUUGGAAGCCAACUCUGAUUUGAAACAUCAACUACGUGAAAUCUACAUCACGAAGGCUAGAGAACUUGAGCUUGGAACCAAAAAAUGCAUAAUCAUCUAUGUACCAGUUCCCAAGCUGAAACAAGUACAAAAAAUUCAAACUAGGCUGGUUCGUGAGUUGGAAAAGAAAUUUAACAACAGACAUGUUAUGUUUCUUGGAGACAGACGCAUUUUACCAAAGCAAACUAGGAAGACGCGCAGUGCAAACAAGCAAAAACGCCCAAGAAAUCGUACCCUGACAGCAGUAUAUGAUGCUCUGUUGGAAGACCUAGUUUACCCAGUAGAGAUUGUUGGCAAGAGGACACGUGUAAAGCUUGAUGGCUCACAGCUCAUCAAAGUUCAUUUGGAUAAAAAUGAACAAACCAAUAUUGACCAUAAGGUUGAUACUUUUGCUGCUGCUUAUAAGAAACUCACAGGCCGUAAUGUAACAUUCGAGUUCCCAGAAUCAUAUGUUUAAGUAAAUUAUCAAUAAAAAUUUGUUAUUGAUUGAAUA